AUGUCCAGCUCGCAAGAGCCCCGUAUCAAUAUGGUGCCCGACUCUGCUCCCUGGAAAGAUGAAGACCUCGAGAACUCAGACAAAAACAACUAUAAGUGCGGUCUCCCUAUCACCUUGAACAACGCACAAGGCGAGCCCAUACAAGUAUCAUCCAAACGCGGACUACAGAAAACCGCCAAAGAACGCCCCGAGUGCCCUACAUUCAGUCAUUUUACCGAAUGUGACUUUGCCGAAGAGGUUGCAUGA